AAUAUUAAUUGCUGGGCCAACGCUCUGUGAAAUUGCGAGGGCGCGCGCGGACUUCCCCCCGCGUGCCCGCAGCUCGGCCCCGCACCCUGCCCCCCCCCCCCCGCACACAACCCGUCAUACCGUACCCCACCGCGAGAUACAGACUCCACUAUAAGUAAAAUGUGAUCUGGGUGCCGCUGCUGGGGGGUCGGGGCUGUGCAUUGGAAGUUGGACGGUUGGACGUCGCGACGUAAGUUCAAGUUCGCCCUUGCGGCGAAACCGUUCAGCCUUACACGUUUUGCAAAUAUAAUAAUAACAGAGUCUCAGCUUCAUAGGUCUCACGUUGUGGGGCAGCCAGCACGGCACUAAUAAGGAUAGCAGCUUGCGCUCGCAGCUCGCGCGCCCACGAAGCCUCUAAUAGGUAUAUGAGUGCUUAUAUUGAAGCCAUCUACAUAUCUGAUAAUUAAUUUGGGUCAGCGCCAGCCCUUGCGAUGAAAUCGGCCUAAAAGUUGUCUUUCUUGAGGCAUGCGUUAGAGUGCGCGAAAUAUGGUUUAGCCUCAGUUACUUUCUCGAUCGAGGUUCCCUGACUCCAGUCGGGUAUCGGAACUUUGUCGCUUGGGCCUCUUCUACCUUGUGUACAACAGCUUCGUGUAAUGGAUGGCUUAAAUAAUGGCUGUGUGCAGUCGGCGGGGGGCGGGAACGUGUGUUUACCAACUUGACAGGGGCCCCCCCUUUCUGAAACGUAUGGGUGCGCCGCGCCCCCUGCGGGGGCCGGGGCACGCCAACCACAGGCAACUGCCCGCGCGCGCCGAUGCUUUUCCCUCGCCGCCUCACCGACGGGCAGCUCUUCAACUUCUUCAACAGCGCCGGGCACAACGUGCACGCAGACACGUUACGCGCCUCCGCGGCGGAGUUCAUUGGCGCACCCACAGCGGGCCCAUCAGGCAGCGUGCAGCUGCGACGCGGGGGAGGACGGGGCACGAGUGGCGCGAGAGUGCGAGACCGGGGACAAGUGCUGCGGUCGGCAGCAGCGGCUACGGCCCGGGCAACAGCCUGAGCCACACGGGCACGAGCGCAAGCAUCGGGCUCAUGUCGCCGGGGACACCGCAAGCAGGCGUAUCGCGCGACGGGCCGUCUUCGUACGCGCAGCAGCCACACCUCACCUCCUCCUUCAGCCCGCAGUCGACCUACAACCUGGUUCCAAGCCCAGGGGCUGCGGGGGGCGGACUGGACCCCUCACACCCGCACGGUGACGUGGUGGAUAGGAGCCUGAGGAGCCCAGGCUAUGCGCCGGGUACCGGCGGUGGCCAGAGCUUCAUGGUGGGGGAGCACUCGCGUGUCGUGUUCCACGCCAACGUGCCGGACCUGGCAGAGUGCAGCGGCGUAGGCAUGGGCGCGGCAGAAGCCUCGAAUCCAGCGGAGUCGGGGCUGGAGGGCGGCCCGGGCGGCUCCAUGACUGUCAGCUUCGAGAUUGGGCACAGGAGCCACCGGGUGGCGUCAUAGGCGUCCCUGGCGGCACCGGCGGCAGCAGCCGGCGGUGGUGGGGGCUCCGCCGGGCCGUCGCCCAGUCCAAGCAGCAGUCGGCUCACAGCGCUGCCGUCGCCGGCUCGGUCCCAGAAGCGCUGACCAGUUCCAGGCGCGCGAGGUGCCGGGGCCUGAGUGCGCUGGGGUCGUGUGUAGUCGUGGGCAGGUUGAGGUUUGAUAAGGUAGGCUGCGUUGCACCUGCGGGGUCCAUAGCUUGCAACCCGCAAUGUUGAGCGGUGUUGGCCUCAAGGAGCGGCGGAGCCACAACCCCGGCGGCGGUUGAGGCAGGUUUGAGGCAGUGUGCAUUGGGGUUUACGCGGGUUAAACACUUGCGAGUGCGCUGGGCUGCACUACAAGCUGCUGGGGUAUGCACGUGUGUGUAUGUGUGUGUAUGUGUGUGCAUGUGUGUUGCGGAAUGCUGUUGCGGUUUCGUUUCCAUCCAAGGCAGGAAUUCUCGCUAACCGACGGCGCGGCUGGUAGAUAACUUGGUGCAGGGUGCGUGAUUACCACCGUCUGGCUAUGUGGACGAGGAGAUACCUGGGGCGGGCAUUCUGAGCUUGGCUGGUGAAGGCAGCUGUUGAAGGCAGCCCGUGGAGCCGUACAAAGCGGCAAUGCGUGUGUCUGGGUGGAGGAGCUACCGUAUGUGGCUACAUCUGCUGACGAGGGUUGACGACGCGAGACUCCGGUCGCGUCCCCCCUGGCGUAGGGUAUGCACGCAU